AUGGAAGUUAAUCUUACGGAACCCCCCAAGCUGAUCAACGAAGGCCUGGUUAUAUGUCGACCCACUCAACCGAGUCAUCCCUUUGGCAUUUUCUACGGAGAAAACCCUUUAGAUUACACUUUUCCACUGGUGUUGCUAGAAAUUUCCAUAGUCAUCUUCAUCACCCAUAUCCUUCGCUUUCUAUUGAAACCUCUCAAACAACCCAGAAUUGUCUCAGAAAUCAUUGGUGGUAUCAUAAUUGGCCCCUCUGUCUUAGGCCGGAACAAGGAGUUUGCUACAUAUGUGUUCCCAGACCAUGGUACUUACGUGUUGAAAAAUGUGGGAGUGAUGGGUUUCAUGUACUUCCUCUUCCUGUCUGGGGUGAAAAUGGACCUCACCACAAUCAAGAAAUCGGGGAAAAAAGACUGGUACAUUGCAUUCUUUGGUGUCCUCAUUCCUAUAAUCACCACUGGAUCAAUUGCUCUUGUUUUUCGGAAGUCAAUGGAAAAAGAACUUGCCAAAGGUUCUUCAAUCUGGGGAGUUUCUUCAUCUUUGGGCAUAACAGCAUUUCCAGUUCUCUAUACCAUCAUUCAAGAGCUCAACCUCUUGAGCUCCGAGAUUGGCCGGAUGGCCUUGUCAACGGCGGUGAUCAGCGAUGUGAUCGGAAUAAAUGGCGUGGUCGCUUUUGAGGCAGCUAAACAAGGGGAAGGAAAGGGUAUUGCUGCAUUGUGGUAUAUGGUUUCAUUUGUGGUGGUUUUGGCUUCCAUUAUCGGUGGUGUUCGACAGGCCAUGCUUUGGAUUGUCCGAUCAACGCCGGAAGGCAAACCGGUGGAACAGUUUUAUGUUAUUGCCAUCUUGUUGGGUGUUUUGGUGGUGGGGUUUGUGAGUGAUAUGUGUGGUCUAGCUAUUGCUAAUGGGCCUCUUUGGCUGGGCCUGGCUGUACCUGAUGGGCCUCCAUUGGGGGCUACUCUUGUAGAGAGGAGUGAGACGAUCAUAAUGGAGGUUUUGAUGCCAUUUUCGUUUGCUUUUGUUGGUAUGUACACGGAUGUGUCCUCCAUGAGUGGAUUGUGGUCGAGCUUGAAGCCACUCCUUUUCAUUGCUUUGGCCGGGUACUUCACCAAGUUUGUUGCAACUCUAGCUGUUUCUCGUUUCUUUCACAUGCCACUCAGAGAUAGUCUUACUCUUAGUCUCAUAAUGAGCGAAAGAGGCCAUGUUGAGCUUUUGUUAUACAUCCAUUGGAUGGAUUUAAAGAUGAUAACGAAGCCAUAUUUUACAAUGAUGGUUUUAUUGACAACAGCAAUCCCUGCAGUAGCUACACCAUUGAUUAGCAUGAUCUAUGAUCCGACAAGGCCAUACAUGGUGAACACUAGAAGAAACAUCCAGCACAAUCCUCCGAACACAGGAAUCCAUAUAGUAGCCUGCAUCCAUGAUCAAGAAAGUGUGGCCGGUUUCAUCAAUCUGCUCGAAGUCUCGAAUCCAACAGUGAGCAGUCCUUUCUCAGUCUACGCCCUUCGCCUCGUCGAGCUUGUUGGCCGUGCCACCUCUUUGUUCAUAGACCAUGAGAAUCAAGAGCAAGCCUUUCAGCACACCAGCUUCAACUCAAUUCACAAUGCCUUAAGGCUUUUUCAAGAAUCCAAAGGUGAAGUUGUGAAGAUCCAUUCCUUUACAUCAGUGUCCCCAAAGAGAAGCAUGUACCAAGACAUUUGUGAGCUUGCUCUUGACAAGAAAGCUUCUCUUAUUAUCCUACCUUUUCACAAGGAACUUGGUCGAACAGAGAUGGUCCGUCAAGGUGUUCAAUCCGUAAACUCGAAUGUUCUGGCUCAUGCACCUUGCUCUGUUGGAGUUUUGGUGGACAAAGGGCCAAGCAGGCAAGCGAGCCACCACCACUUUGUUGUGCUUUUUUUGGGUGGAGGAGACGCUCGAGAGGCCCUGGCUUAUGCAGAUAGGAUGGCUGGGAACCCCGACGUAUCGCUUACUGUCAUAAGGUUUCUUUCACAAAACAAUGAGGGAGAUUUGGAGAUGGAGAAGAAGCUUGAUGAUGGUCUGGUGACAUGGUUUUGGGUGAAAAAUGAGGGGAAUAGUCAAGUGGUUUACAGGGAAGUAGUAGUGAAGAAUGGGGAAGAAACUGUUGCUGCAAUUCAGGCAAUGAAUGAUGACCAUUAUGAUCUUUGGAUUGUUGGGAGGAAACAUGGGAUUAACAUUUUGUUAAUCCAAGGAUUAUCGAAUUGGAGUGAUAACAUAGAUGAACUUGGAGUUAUUGGAGACUAUGUUGCAUCCAUGGAUUUAGACAGUACAGCUUCUGUAUUAGUUGUGCAACAACAGGUUUUAAGAGGUCAAGAGAGGGAUUCAGCUGGUUGUUUCCUCCUCAGAAGAUUUUCAUCAUAA